CACACACACACACCCCUCCUCUAGGCGUGCUGCUAUUAUUCCACUCCACUUAUUCUCUGUCCAGAAAAGUCCGUUAGUCAAAGCGCAGAAGAGACGCAGAGAAGAGAUGCUGUCCACCUGAUCAAGGCACUUCAGUUUUUUGAUCGAUUUAAGAGCGAGAAAGAUAAAGAGAAGAAGAAGAAAAAACAUUGAAUAGAAACAUUUGGAGACGCAAGACAAAAAAAAAAAAAAGAAAGAAAACGAGUUCUGAAAAGGAGUCCACUUUGGUUAGAAGAAAGGAAAACCUAAGGCUGAAGACUCUGGAGAGGAACGCAGUCUUUCUAAACAUCCCUCAACAGGUGCGCAGAUCUAUCUGAGGAAUAAAAGAGAUGGCCUCCGCGGCUCUGGAGCUCCUGGGUCUGACUCUGUGCGUCUUCGGCACGCUCUUGGAGAUGACCGCCUGCGGGCUGCCCGCCUGGAAGGUGACCGCCUUCGUCGAAGCCAACAUCGUGGUGGCGCAGACCAUCUGGGAAGGCCUGUGGAUGUCGUGCGCCGUGCAGAGCACCGGUCAGAUGCAGUGCAAGGUGCACGACUCCAUGCUCGCGCUCAGCCACGACCUCCAAGCCGCGCGCGCGCUCACGGUCGUCUCGUCCGUCUUGUGCGUCGUGGGGCUGAUGGUGGUGAUCGCCGGCGCGCAGUGCACCAACUGCAUCAAGACGGAUAGCGUCAAGGCGCGCGUGGUGAACGUCGGAGGCGUCAUCUACAUCAUCAGUGGCAUAUUCGUGCUCGUGCCCCUGUGCUGGAUGGCCAACAACAUCAUCUCCGACUUCUACAACCCUCAGGUUAUGGCGUCCCAGAAGCGGGAGAUCGGCUCGGCGCUCUACAUCGGCUGGGCGGCCACCGCGAUGCUUCUGCUCGGGGGAGGCAUGCUCUGCUGCUCGUGUCCGUCCUCUGAAAACACAGGCUACUCGGCCAAAUACGCGCCCACCAAAAGAGCAACAUCCAACGGGGACUAUGACAAGAGGAAUUACGUUUAGACGCUGUUUGGACUCGUUUACACAAGUUUGUGCGUUCUUGAGUGUUGCACCUGCAGAUGUUUAGGUUCUUCUUUUUUUUAAAGCAUCUCGUGGACUACUGAUUGGAUCCAUGUUUUUAUUUAACGCGAAAGUUUUGUGGAUAGCUUAUGCAUUUCUGAAAUGUGGACGUUUUAUAAUAACUUUCAACAAUAGUAACACAAACAUUAUGCAGUGCUUAACAGAUCAUCACAGUGCUUUGAAAUAGUUCUGAAUCGUUCAGUAUUCAUAUCUGAAUGUGCAUUCACUACUGAUUUGUUAAACAUUACAUAAUUUUUUAUAUAUGCCUGUUGGUAACAUUUUAGAAUAAGGUUCAGUGGUAAACAUCAAUUAACUACUUUAGUUAACAUGAGCUAAAAAUUAACAAUAUUUCUACAUGCAUUAUUAAAAUGUUUAACAUUAGUUAAUGCAUUGUAAACUAACAUGAGCAAACAAUAAAUUACUGUAUUUUAAUUCAUACAACCUUACAGUAGUGUUACCUGCCUGUAUUUGUUUUGUUUUUUUAAAGCAUUUUGGACUGAUUGGCUGAAAUGUAUUUAAUAAAAAUACAUUUAAUAUUUUUCUUUGUAAAUAAUUGUAAUAUUUACUAUUAAUUCCUGAGUUGAUACAUUCAUAUAAAUUAAUGUGCAUUAACUAUGAUCUGUUAAGUCUAUUUAAUGUUUGUUUUCAAAAUGAAAGUUAGUAUAAAGUGUUUUGCUUUUGUUUAAAAUGCUGUUUCAAACCUAUCGGGGAUAUUCUUGAGUGAAAGAGAAGCUAUAAUCUGACAACACAUCUCUUUUAGGUACCUGGAGCAGUUUGUGAGAUUGUAAAAGUUUGUCAAAGACUAAAAGCAUUAAGUUAGCUGUAGCUGUUGUGAUGCUUACCGAUGUUUUAGUGUGUAGAGGAAUCUGCUUCAGCACAUUUGCAGAGACUCUUAAAUGCUUGGAGAAACAGCUGGAAAACUGAAGCAAUUCCUGACUGAUCAAUUAAUCAUAAGUCACCCGUCCACAGACGCUCAUCAGAGCUGAACAAGGCCACUUGAGAAAUACAGUCCAGCAGGAUCUCGGUCCACUAUGGAAAAGGUCUUUUAUUUUUGGGAAUAUCCUGCCGGUUAGUGUCUUCAUGGAUGGGCAUCUUCAUGUUUCUUGAACUCAAGAACUCUAGUGUAUUCAGCUUGUAUGAAAUGUUCAUUGUAUUUUGCUUUUUUUAAUUGUCUUUGAAUUCUUGAAUGAAUGUUGUUUGGAAUAAACAUUUACAGUUUUGACACAA